GGGUCGAUUCAUAGCUCCUGACCCCGCCCCUUCACUGGUCGCUACUAGGUCCACUCUCUCCCUGCUCCAUGAGCUUUAUCAAUCCUCUUCUUAAAGUGAGGAUAACCAUGCUGACGGAGGCUCUGUUGGGAGUGCUGCUGCUGGUGCUGCUGGUCACUUUCAUUAACAGGAAGCCUAAAGGUCUUCCUCCAGGAGAGUGGGGAUGGCCAGUGAUCGGUGCGUGGGUUCCUCCAGGCGUCACCAUGGACGCACACGCCUGGAAACUCAAACAGAAGUAUGGUGAUAUUUUCACGUGGAGGGUGGGAAGCCGCACUAUAGUCUUCUUAAAUAACAUCUCGCUGAUCAAGGAGGCAUUCUCGAACCCAGAGCUGCAGGAUCGCCCAGACUUCUAUACGUUCGACAGCUUCACUUCCUUCAAGAAGAUAGGCUUGGCUAACAGUAAUGGAGCAACAUCGCUCCGCAACCGACGGUUUGCUCUCCGGCAGCUGAAGGACUUGGGUAUGGGCAAGUCUAGCCUGAUGGAAGCUAUCCAGUACGAAGUACAGUGUCUGGUGGAGGACUUCAGGAAGCACACUGGGAGUGCCCAGCCCAUCCCGUGGUCCCUUAAUGUGGCUGUCCUCAAUGUUAUAUGGAAGAUUGUGUCAGAUAUCCGGUUUGACGUGAACGACCCAGAAGUUUAUAAUUUCAACAAGCUCAACACUGAAGCCUUCGAGCUUUCACAAGGUGGCAAUUUGGUAUUUGAUAUGUUUCCGUGGCUCCCAUACAUCUCUCCUGCCUUUCUUACCAGGAAACUUGGAGUAGAAGCAAUGCUCCGCACGUUUUCACUGAUCAGAGAUUAUGUUCUCACAUGUACUGGUUCAUGUCUCUGGCUGCAGGGUGUGGUGAAUAAUCAUGAAGCAUCCCUCAACCCCAGUGCCCCCAGGGACUACAUAGACAUGUACCUGGUCGAGAUGGCAGCACAGAAAGACAAUCCCGAGUCCACCAUGAGCAAGGAUGACCUGUGGGUGCAAGUGGCAGACCUGUUCACUGCAGGAGGCGAGACAACCAACCAGACACUGCGCUGGGCUAUCAUGUACAUGAUCAAAUACCCACAUAUUCAGACCAGGCUGCAGAAAGAGAUUGAUGACGUUGUGCCCAGGACGAACUUACCCUCACUACAGGACAAGCCAAAAUUGGCAUACCUGGAGGCAGUGAUCAGUGAGGUCAACAGAUCCGUGUCUGUGACGGCACUUGGACUUUCACACUUUGCAGCUAAUGACACUCAAAUUGCUGGAUUCAAAAUUCCAAAGGGCACAGUGAUCAUUGGUAACCAAGAGAUGUGCCACAAGGAUCCAGCCUAUUGGGAGAAGCCGAAUGAAUUCUAUCCAGAGCACUUCCUCGACAGUCAAGGCAAAUAUAACACAAAGAAGGAGAGUUACAUUCCCUUCUCCACAGGUAAGCGAGUAUGCCCAGGCGAGGCUUUAGCUCGCAUGGAACUCUAUCUUUUCCUGUCGGCAUUGCUGCAGAACUUCACCUUUUCAGCUCCUGAAGGAGAAGAAUGGGACCUGAAAAAAGAUCCCAAUGCUUUGCUGUUUAAUUUCCCUAAACCCUACAACAUCAUCAUCAAUGAGAGGAAAUGAUUCAAGAGACAUUAUCAUUAUUAAAUUUAUAACAGGUGUUCUUAUGAUCUUAGUCUCAUAAGAACACCUGUGGAAUAUGAGGUAACUCAUAAUUAUUUUUCAUUAGAAAGCAUUAAACCUGUAAGGAUCACCCCUGCAACCACAACUAGGUGAGUACAGUGCCUAGGGAAUAAUAGGUAAUCAGUUUUGAUCUAGCAAAGGGUGGAUAGCUCCAGUUCCUCUGAUCAAAAGACUUUCGACAGCAUCAAGACACCCUUUUUAAGGGCUAAAAAAGCAAUAAUAUUACAUGACAUGCAACACCAACAAUGAAUCCAAAGGAAUUACUAAAAUCCUUUGGAAUAUGUAUUCAAACUCCUAUCACAACCUCUCAAGGGUGGUUACUUGAUGCCAAAGAGGGGCUCUUGAUCUGAGGAAUACAACCUGCCCCCCCUUUCUUUGGAUUGAACCUGAAUGCCUCUCAUUUCCCUAGGAACUAUAUGGGUUUAGUGCUCCCUCAUGAAUGCAAUAAUAAUCCCUUAGAUCACAAGAAAGACUAUAAAUACCUUGCUUCAUAGUUGGUCAGUUCAUUAUGGUUCUCAUUGUUAUAAAUGCUACUUUUAAAGUGUUAUACUGCUUUAAGACAAAAAUUUCCCAAAUCUCAGCCCAUAAUAUUCAAUUCCCAUAUCACCCACAGUACCACACCACUAAAUUUUGCAAUUCCUCCUUGUAUUAACUAGUUCAUAAUUUUUAACAAAAUCAGGGUAAUUCAAAGAAAAUAUUGCAUAUUUAUUUAGAUACAUUCAAGAAAUGGAGUAACCAGCCUCUUGCUCUAAGCAUUUGAGUCUCUUAGAAUUGCAGCAUUAAUGCAGGAUUAAAUCUUGCUUUCCCUUUGGGUUAAGUUUUUACUAAAAAACAAGAAAUUUUUUUCAGUGUAUGUGAUUACACUAGCUGCUUCCCAAGAAAGUGUGGCCCUAAAAGAAUAAUGUAUUACAAUCACUUAGUUCCUAAACAAGAGCAUUCAUUCUUUUUGCAGCCCAGUAUAAAAUUAUAUUAAAAUACAUGGUAACAUCACAUAUAUACAUCCUAGACCCACUUUUGAUAGAAAAUAACCUCAUUUACACACCUGACUCUCACUAGUCUUAAAAAUAUCUUUUAAUAACCUACCAUGCCUAUUGUAUACCUUUGUAAUACCUGCUACAUUGUAACCCUGCCAUCUAAAAGUACAUGUAUUUUUCAAAAUUCACAUAAAGUAGGGCCCCUGACUUGCGAGGUUUUGUACUUUCAACACUGUCAUUUUGGAACCAAUUAACUACAUACUUACAAACAGGUUCAUUUUUCUGACAGAGGUGGUAGGUUACAAUCUUGGGCUAUCAGUAGUUUUAGAACAAUAAUAUGAAUUGUAUGAAUGGCGGUGAAAGUGUUGAAUAAUGAUGAAUUUUUUUUUUUUCUUUUUGGGUCACCCUGCCUCGGUGGAAAAUAGCCGACGUGUUAAAAAAAAUAUAUAUGAACUGAACUUCAUUGAAUUAAUACUGAGGAAGAGUGACAUAACUCAGUCCAUCUAUCAUCAUUCUAUCAUGCAGGAGGAGCCACGUGUCUUGGGAACAUCCAGUAAUGUCACUACUUCCUGGCUCUAGCUGGGUUACCAGUAUCUCUCCGAGGUUAAAUUGCCACCACAUGUAGACUAAACAAAACAUAAAUUUUGCCAGAUGGAUAAUUGUCACACCUUGCAUCAUUAUGUACUGGAAUGUGAAAAAAAAUAAUAAAUUCAGAAACAACGUGCUCAUAAAUGUUCAGAAAAUAUCAUUCUAACUCUCCCUCUGAUGUCCACUCCACCCUUCUUACUUUAUAAUCCUACACUAUCAUCUGCCCUGCUGCGCUGUAUGACCCUUAUAGGUUUAGUGGAUCUUUUUUAUUAUAAUAAAAAAAUGUCAAAGUAUUUUAUCCACAGUGGUAUAUUACCAUUCAUUCUGGAAAAAUACCCUGACUUUACCCACUGUAAUUAACACAUCACCACUUCAACUUUGUUUUUUUGUGUGUGUGCACGUGUGUGUGACCUAAUUCUUUCUUUCAACACACCGGCCAUAUCCCACCGAGGCACGGUGGCCCAAAAGGAAAAACGAAGGUUUCUCCUUAUACAUUUAGUAAUAUAUACAGGAGAAGGGGUUACUAGCCCCUUGCUCCCGGCAUUUUAGUCACCUCUUACAACACGCAUGGCUUACGGAGGAAGAAUUCUGUUCCACUUUCCCGUGGAGGUAAGAGGAAAUAAACAAGAACAAGAACUAGAAAGAAAAAGAAGAAAACCCAGAGGGGUGUGUGUAUAUAUAUGCUUGUACAUGUAUGUGUAGUGUGACCUAAGUGCAAGUAGAAGUAGCAAGACAUACCUGAAAUCUUGCAUGUUUGUGAGACAGACAAAAGACACCAGCAAUCCUACCAUCAUGUAAAACAAUUACAGGUUUUCGUUGUACACUCACUUGGCAGGAUGGUAGUACCUUCCUGGGCGGUUGCUGUUUACCAACCUACUACCUAGGUGACCUAAUUCAUGUCUGUAUAAAUAACUCAUUAUGAUUGUAACUAGAUAUAAACAUGUAAAUAGUUAAUUACCAUUUCUUACACUAGUUGUCUAUGUUCACCCAUCAGUAAAAUGGGUACCUAGGUGUUAGUUUACCUGGAGAGAGUUCCGGGGGUCAACGCCCCCGCGGCCCGGUCUGUGACCAGGCCUCCUGGUGGAUCAGAGCCUGAUCAACCAGGCUGUUACUGCUGGCUGCACGCAAACCAAAGUACGAGCCACAGCCUGGCUGGUCAGGAACCGACUUUAGGUGCUUGUCCAGUGCCAGCUUGAAGACUGCCAGGGGUCUGUUGGUAAUCCCCCUUAUGUAUGCUAGUGUGGGCCGUAUCCUGGGACAAAACUGACCUAAUUUCCCUGAAAUGCUCUGCAUAACAAACGGCUUUCUGUAUAGUAGUAGUAUGUCAUUGAUGUCAGCUAGGCCUCUGUACCUUGUGCAUGUACGUGUAGUAAAUAAUUAUAUUAUAUUAUUAUUGUAACUUGUUCAGCUUAUCAAAACUUUGACCCAGUCUCUGGACCCAUUAUUUGCCUCUGUAAUUGUAUGACUACCGCCUGCAGGAUGGGUGUGGGGUGCAUAAUAAAGAUAUUAAACUAAAAUAAAAAUAAAUUCUGACAUUAGGUAAACUAUAUUUGGUAGAGAGUUGUUUCUUGGUCUAUGUAUUGGUAGAUAAAAGACUGAUAGGUAGACUUCAGGAUGUGCAUAUUUAUAGAGGGGCCUCAGAUAUAUCAGAUCAUUUUUUAGUUGUGUUACAUUGAGAAUAAAAGGUAGAUGAGAUAUAAGGAGAAUGGAAUCAGCAUAUUGUUGUGUGUGAUUAAAAGAGUGAGAGAAAAUGGCAGGCGUUAGGGGGGUACAGGCUGCGAAAAUUAUAUUUAUCUUUCUCCUGCAAUUCUGUGAAGAAGGAAAUCAGUCAUUGGGGCUGGAAAAGGCGAAUGGGGUAAUAGCACCCUGGACAGUAAAAACCCAACAGUUGCCAUUCUACCAGAAACGUAUUUGUCACUAUUGCCGCAAGGUAUGGCAACACUACAUACCCAAACAAAAACAGUGGCCAGGAGCUGAGUCUCGACCCCUGCAACCACAAUUAGGUGAGUACAGCUCUUAUAGUAGCGCUGUUAAGUGGUGAUAUCCAACCUAAUUCAGGACCUCACACUAUUGUGCAGAGCCAAAACAGACAGAUAAGUGACAGUGAUAAUGACGGUCUGGUCUCCAUAUGUAAUUCAUACAUAGGCCAAUGUGAGACAUUACAGCCAUUCUUAUUAUAUCAAACACCACCAAACAGGUGCAUACACUGCACUAAAUACGAAAGAAGAACAGAAAAGACACCUCAUGUAAAAUGUGUAAGGGGUGGGUGCGUAACGGAUGUAUGUACAAUUUCAGUAAUGGUGCCAGAAUUCAUUUUGUGUGUAACAAAUGCACUUUGGUGCAGUUACCCUUUAGCAAUGAUGACUGUGGAAAAUUAAAUUUACCCGGAUGUAACUCAUAAGGUACAUACCAAUAAAUGGUAACAAAGAUAAUUAUUUUUUUAUCAAAGUUACAGAGACAAGUAGGAAUUUUAAGACAUCUUGGUCACAAAAACAUGUCCCCCUUCGAUACCUACCAUAAUUUUUCUCUCCACAAGUCACUCUUGACCUAUAUUAAUUUCAAAUGAAAUAUACAUUACCAGGAAUUAUGGUAAACAUUAAUCUAUAUAUGUGGACUGUAUGUUAAAAUUAAUAAAUAAUUACAUAUACAUAUUUAUGUAACAGAAGGAGAAUUUAUAAUCAUAAGACUCAUCCAUUUGUCUGGAGAUUACUGUGUAUAUUACCAACCCCCUUGCCUAAAUUUAUGAAGAAAUUACUGGCCAGAAUUCUAACACAAAUAUAGACAUGACUUAGCUGGGGUAAUAUCCUGUUUCCAUAUAAUUACGGAGUCCUGUCCAGUCGUCUGAUUUCUCACGUUAAGCAGGACUGCAAUUCCAACAAUUUCGGCUCCUAUUUGAGAGGUUUUAGCCUCAAUAUAACCCCUAGAGUGACAAAAAAUAUGCACAUUACACUAACAUGCUUGUAUCACAUACAAAAACAAUGGCAUCUCUCCCCUGCUUGUCAGCGCAGGCACAGAGCUUCCCUGUUGGUUCAUUCUUUAAAAUACACUUUAGAGCAAUAGUAAAGUAUUAAUCAGGUUUAUUUACACAACAUAAUUUUGGGAAAUUAUUUUCCACAAUGAUACUGAUUUACCUAAUUUUAAUAUAAAUGACCCAUUGCCAUAUAUUGAUGAUUAUAAUUGUUUUAUGAAAACAAGCCUCACUUUAUUCAUGUCAACGCAAGAUCACUUUUUCCAAAAUUGGCAGAGAUUAGGAUUUUAGCUAACAGAACUAGGGCGGCAGGAAUAUCCACCUCUGAAUCCUGGUUGGAUGAUACAGUGACUGACGACGAGGUCAAAAUAGGUUACAAUAUAAAACGCUUAGAUAGGAACAGAAAAGGUGGUGGGGUAUGUGCCUACAAGAAAUGACUUAGCUUACAACCCAAGACCUGAUUUAAAUAACAAUAAACUGGAGAUUCUAUGGUUUGAUGUGCUGCUUCCCAAGACCAAACCCAUCUUAGUAGGGACUAGUUACCGCCCUCCUACCCAUGACCAGUUCUUAGAACACUUUUCCAGUCUUGUCCGGACUUGAAAACAAUUGCGAGAUAGUAAUACUGGGAGACUUCAAUAUCUGUUUUCAUCAUUACCACAGGCCUUAGUGAUCAUUUCAUCAUUUACUGUACCGGGAAAAUCACUAGGGAUAGGAUAGGCCUACACAGGACAAUCAAAAUGAGAUCAACUAGAAACUACAGUAAAGCAACACUGGUAAAUAGGCUAUGCAAUUGUGAAUGGAUAGUGAUAAGUUGCACAGACGUAAAUGAUGCCCGGGAAGAAUUCAAAACAGUGUUCACUACCAUCCUUGAUAAUAUUGCACCAGUUAAAGAGGUUAGGAUUAAACGUAGAACUGAACCCUGGAUGACUACUGAGAUAUUAGAUUAUAUGAAAUUCAGAGAUCAGUUGCUAAAAAUAUUUAAAACAAACAGACAGGAUAUUGCAGCACUAAAUGAAUUCCAAAGGGUGAGGAACAGAGUUCAGAGACUUAUAAAAGGAGCAAAGGCAAAGCACUAUUGCUCAAAAAUUGAAGAGUAUAAGCAUAACCCCAGAAAGCUCUGGCAGCAACUAAAACAGUUGGGGUAUAGCCAUAAACCAGUAGAUAGCUCUAACAUAGUACUCACUAUUGAUAACGAGGUAUGCCACGAAACAACUAAGGUGGCAAAUUGUUUUAAUUUCUACUACACAUCUGUUGCACCAACACUAGUAAGUAAACUACCAGCUGCAUCAAAUACCUUUAACACAGACUCAGAUAAGUUUCAAACAUACUAUAUCAAUAAAGAGGUAACCCCAAACAGUUGUCAUCUAGUAAGUGUAUCUCAUGACUAUUCAAAAAGAACUAAGCAGGUUAAACCCCACUAACAGCACCGGCCCUGUUAACAUCCCAUCUAAGUUCCUGAAAGAUGGUGCUUCUGAACUGUCAAUCCCUAUUGCUCACGUAAUAAAUUUGUCCAUCACCACUAAUACCGUACCGGAGGGGUUCAAGGUGGCCAGAGUUACUCCUCUCUUCAUGAAAAAUAGUAGGUCUGAUGUAAGUAACUAUAGGCCUGUUAGUAUACUCAGUGUAAUAUCCAAAAUUCUAGAGAGGGUGGUGUACUCUCAAGUAGUUAAGUACCUUAAUGACAACAACAUACUCCAUAGCUAUCAAUCGGGCUUUAGAAGAUCUUACUCAACUGACACCUCCCUCAUUAAUUUGAUGGAUUACAUGAGAACUUAAAUGUCAUUGGGGAACUUCAUAGGUAUGGUAACCUUAGACCUGCAAAAGGCCUUUGAUACUGUCAACCACAAUAUAUUAUAUAAGAAACUUCAAGCUAUCGGUAUAGGUUCUGUAGACUGGUUUAAGUCCUACCUUAGCAACAGGAGACAAAUUGUCAAAAUCAACAAAACGGAAUCAGAACCCCUGCCGAUAGCAUGUGGAGUUCCCCAAUGUAGUAUUCCGGGUCCCUUAUUAUUCCUAUGCUAUGUUAAUGACAUGCCUAUCAGUGUCAAGUGCAAACUCCUACUGUAUGCAAAUGACAGUGCUCUGUUAGUGUCAGGUAAAGACCCACAAGAUAUAGCUAAUGUAUUAACACUGGAACUGGAGUCCUGCAGCAAAUGGUUAGACAACAAACUAUCAUUACACCUCGGGAAAAUUGAAGCCAUUCUCUCUGGCACGAAACAAACUGAGAACGGUAAAUAAUUUUAAUGUCCAGUGUAAUGGGGAGCCCAUCACCUCAGUUUCCUCAGUAAAAUGUCUGGGAAUCCCCUUUGACCCAUGCAUGUCAGGAGAAUUGAUAGGGAACAGUGUAGUAAAGAAAGUGAAUGCCAGAUUGAAUUUCCCCUAUAGACAAGCACAGUGACUACCAACUAAGACUCGCAGGACCCUAUGUCUAACCCUUAUACAAUGUCAUAUGGAUUACGCUUGCUCUUCAUGGUACUCUGCCUUGACAAAAAAAAAAACUGAAAGAUAGACCACAAUCACCCAGAACAAAAUGGUAAGAUUCAUCCUGGACCUGGAUCUGAGAGAGCAUGUAAGCCAGGAUGAAUUUCAGCAGUUGGAUAUACUGAAUGUUGAAGACAGAGUAAAACAACUAAAAUUGCUCACAAACAGUGUCCAGAAUAUCUUGCUGCCAGUUUUGUGAAGGCUGGGAACCAAAGCAAUCAUAUUACUAGGGGGAGAGAGCACAACUUUGUAGUACCCACAGUUAGGGGCCAGGCUUCGAACACCUUUUAUUGUACAUUAUUAUUAUUAUUAUAAUCAAAGGGGAAGUGCUAAACCCGGAGGAUUAUACAGCGCCUGGGGGGGAUGUGGAAGGCAUUCAGGCUUAAUUUGGGGAACUGGAGCACAGAUCCAAUUCUCUAAAUCAAGAGCCCCUCACAAACAUCAAGGAACCUUCCUUGGGUUUUAUUGUACAGCAAUAAAGGAAUGGAACAGACUGCCUGCACAUGUCAAAGCCAGUCAUAGCAUGAACCAGUUCAAGAAGAGAGCCAAAAGGUGCCUGAUGAAUGUAGCUACAGAAAGGGAGGGGAAUGAUUUUUUAUUUGUAGGUAGUCUUAAUGACCCCUUGUGUAGUAGUCAGUCAUAACAGUACGAUAAUAAGAUGUUAUCUCUUUUAUAGAAUAGUAAUAAGAUAGUAUCACCUGUAUAUUAUAAUAAUAAGGUAAAAGGACCCAAAUGGAAAUAAGUCACUGUCUGACUUUUUGGGGCUAUCCUAGGUUCUCUACACAUAUGCUGCUAUGUAUGACAAUCUAUGUAACUGUAUUUGUGUAUAUCUGAAUAAACUUACUUCGCAAGUAAGAGAGAGGUGAAGGCUUAUAAACUAGAGAAGGAGGCAGUUAGGGUAAGAUAUAAACAAUUAUUGGAAGAAAGAUGGGCUAAUGAGACUAUAAGCAGUGAAAAUGAAGAGGUAUGGGGUAGAUUUAAGAAUAUAGCAUUAGUGUUCAGUGUAAGUUUGUGGUUACAGGAAAGUGGGUGUGUGAGGGAAGAAGAGUGAUUGGUGGAAUGAUGAGUUAAAGGGUGUAGUAAGAGAGAAAAAGUUAGUAUAUAAUACAAGGAGGGAGGUAUAUAUGGAGAGAAAAAGGGGGUAAGAGAGUGGUGAAGGAAUGUAAAAGGAGAGCUAAGAAUAAGAAAAAAGUUUUGGAGUAAGAUUAAUAAGUUGAGAAAGCCUAGGGAAUGAAUGGAUUUGACUGUUAAAAAUAGGAAAGAAGAGUUAUUAGAUAGAGAGUUAGGGGCAUCAGGAAGAUAGAGGAAAUAGUAUUUUGAAGAACUGUUGUAUGUUGAUGGAAAUAGGGAAUCUGUGAUUUUGUGCAUUGGGCAGUGAGGUAUAACAUCUUGUAGGAGUGAGGAAGAGCCAGUUGUGAGUGUGGAGGAAGUGCAUGAAGCAGUGGGUAGAAUGAAAGGGAGUAGAGCAGCUGUGAUUGAUGGGAUAAAGACAAAAAUGUUGAUAACAGGUGGGGAUAUAGUUUUGAAAUGGUUGGUGCUUUUAUUUAAUAAAUGUAUGGAAGAGGUGAAGGUACCUAGGGACUGGCAGAGAGCAUGCAUACAAUGCUAUUACAACCCAGGAUUCCAAAUGGCCUGUUACCCCGGGUGUAAUGGGAGCAAAUAAACACAGAAAAAGUUUAGACUUAUAUUAUCCUUCACCAAUUUAUAACAGCAAUAUGUACACUAUGUACAGUGAUAAGUAUAGUGCACUCCACGGUAAGCAAAGCAGAAAUAGAAGCCACAAGAUAGCAGACCGUGCUUCAACCAGCUCUAGAAUGGGAAUGACAAGGGCAGACAGGAGAGCGGUACCCACAUAACCUCUGCGAUUGCCAAAACCAUCUUCUUAUUGGCUAGAACCUGGUCACUAGUUGAACGACGGGGCCCCAUCAUCAACUCUUAGCAACCUGGUUCGCUGGUUGGGGGAGAUAGCCUGUAAAUGAGGGUGUGUACGUGCGCCGAAUAAAGGUUACGUACUCUUUGCAUGCCACAAAUGCAAUACAAUUUUAAUUUCUUUGCAAAGGCUACAAUUUGUUAUUUACAUUUUACAAAAUGUUAAGUACAAAGCCACUGACAUGCCUGAGCAUUUAGGCAAACAAAUACUAAUGCUUAUGGACUACUUAAAAUGUGACAUUAACCCUUAAACUGUCCAAAUGUAGAUCUACGUUUGCACGCGUGGCGCUCCGAACGUAGAUCAAUGUCUUAUUUUUCAUUCCUUCAAAUUUGGCACAAUAGGCUUGAGUCGCCUAGACAUGACAGAAUGGGUCUGUACACUUAGUGUGUGCAGUAUUUAAAAAAUCUGGGAGCACUUAGUACCUUGUGGGAGCACCAGUUCAACUGAGCACCAGCUAGAGCAAAUAGCGUGGAAAACACCAGGGAUUCAUUGAUGCCAUGUCGCAUUAACACUCCCAUUUUAAGAGGAAAGUAAAAAUAGGUUAGAUAAAUACAUGAGUAAGUAUGGGUGGGUGUGAGUUGGACCUGACUUGCUUGUGCUACUAGGUCUAAUGUCAUGCUCCUUCCUUCAAUGGAUGUGCCCUGACUAGGUGGGUCAUUGGUCUAAGCUGGGGAGGGGUGACAUGGACCUGCCUUGCAUGGGUCAGUAGGCCUGUUGCAGUGUCCCUUCUUUCUAAUGUUCUUAUGUAUUCGGCAGGCUGGCUGGCUUGCUUUGGCUGUCACUGGCUGUCUCUCUGUCUAUAUAUCUAUCUCCAUCUUUGUCUAUCUAUAUCUCUGUCUAUCUAUAUAUCUGUCUAUGUCUAUCUAUAUCUCUGUCUCACAUGUACACAUAAGUACAGUUAUUAUACAUAGUGCAAAUUACCUAGGAUAACCCAAAAAUUCCAGGCAAAGAUAGAUAGACAGUUAGAUAGAUAAACAGAUGGACAAACAUGUUUGUGUGUAUCAGUGAAAACAAAUAAAGCCAGGGUUCCCCCAAGCACCCAUUUAUUAUUAAAUGUCACUGAGAUGAUGACAGUUGUCAUAACACCAUUCUUCAAGGAGUGUGAUAUAUGUAUACUCCAGGCAGACAGAUAAGCAGAGAGACAGACAGACAGAGAGACAAUACAUGUUUGUGUGUAACAGUGAUAACAAAUACAGCGAGGGUUAGCUGGAGCAGUGGGCAUUUAUCAAAUAUCACUGGGCUGUCAACAGUAUAGGGAUGCUUUUCAUAACACCAUGCUUUAAGGUAUAUGCCAGGGUAUCUAAAACAUUGCUGGGACCUAUAAAUACUUUGUAUAUAUUUCUAGACAAUAGUAAAUAACCCAGGCAGGUGUAAAUGUUCACCUGUCAGAGUGUUUUUGACUAUUUGAGUACUAUUUCAGUUCCUAAUAUUAGUGUCAGAACAAAGAUUGGCUAUGAAAUCACAAGAACUAUUAUAAAUUGUAAUUAACAGAACAUAAAAAAUAUAUAAAUUAAAAUGAAAACGAGAAAAAAGGUAUAUCGGCAACACUUCUGCAAGUGGCAGGUGUCGAUGUUGCCAUCAGAUGAGCAUCCAGAGCCAACUCCACGGUCUUAUAUCUCGGUAAGUACCGACCCCAAAAAAAAAUUUUAAUCCUGUAACAUGUAAAAAAUGUGCCCUUCAUUUAAAAAAAAAAAUAUUUUUAUAUUUUUUCAAAAUAUUCGGAGCGCCACGCGAGUGAACGUAGAUCUACAUUUCGACAGUUUAAGGGCUAAUGACCUCCCAAACGCAUCUGAACUCCUUAAGCCCAUUUUAUUUGCAGAUGACACUACUUAUGUCUUCUUUCACCCAAACCCAACCAUACUAACAGACACAGCAAAUGCCAAACUACUAAAAAUAUCUACUUGGAUGACCACCAAUAAACUUACUCUCAAUAUAGACAAAACCUAUUUUAUGCUGUUUGGAAACAGAGCUACAAAUGUACAACUAAACAUACUGAUAAAUGGUUCACCCAUUUCUAGACACACACACACGGCAAAUUUCUAGGUCUCUACCUAGACUGCAAUCUCAAAUUCCAAACUCACAUACAGCAAAUAUUCAAGAAAGUCUUCAAAACAGUAGGCAUCCUCUCAAAGAUAUGGUACUAUGUACCCCGAUCAGCUCUUCUUGCACUAUACCACUCACUCGUCUGCCCUUACCUCACCUAUGGUAUUUGUGAAUGGGGCUCAACCACAGCAAAUCACCUUAAAACCUUUAAUAACCCAACAAAACACUACAGUGUGAUCGAUUACAAACUCCUGUAAUAGAUAGCAUACUCCUCUGCUUUUCACGAGUCUUAACUUACUCAUUAUAUAAAACAUCCACACUUAUUAUUGUGCCUACUACAUGUAUAGAACACUGUAAUCAAAUAUAAACCUCAAACUCCUACUUGCUAACUACAACAGAACACACAACCAUAAUACAAGACAAAUCACUCUUUGAUAUCCCUCGUGUCCAUCUCUCCCUGUAUAAAAAUGCUAUGCACGUAAAAGGCCCGAAGAUCUGGAAUUCAUUACCAGAACACACUAAAUUUAGGACCCCUUCCUGCAAAUCAGUUUAAAGCCCUACUUAGAAAUUUCCUCAUCACCCAAAAUUAACCAGGAAAGUUGUACUUAAUGCCUACCAUUUGUUCAAAAGCAACACAAAAAGUACCAAUGAUGUCUCAAUUUCAAUACUGAAUAUCGUGCUGAAGAUUGUUCAUCCAUGUACUCAUUACUUCAAAAAUUGGAUGUUCAGAUUUCAUUGUUUUAAAUACUAAAUUGUAAUACAGUGGUACCCCGAGUUUCAUACAGCUCCCAACUCAAACAAUUAUGUAAGUGUAUUAUUGUAAGUGCUUUUGUAAGUGUAUUUUUGGGGGUCUGAUAUGGACUAGUCUAACUCAUAUUAUUCCUUAUGGGAACAAAUUCAUUUGGUAACAGCACUCGAACAGCCUUCUAGAACAAAUUAUGGCCGAAACUCGGGGUACCACUGUACUUCAUAUAGUAAGUUGUUUAAAGUGUUCUAUUGUAAAAUUGUAAUGUUCAAAUUUCAUCGUUUUAAAUACUCACUUGUACUUCAUAUUGUAAAUUGUUCUAUUGCAAUACGUACGUACUGUAAUUUUUAUAAAAUAAUUCAAAACUGUAAUUAUUCACUACUAAACUUCUCUACUAGACCUAUUAAAGCCAUAUAGCAUUACCUAUUAAUGCUCAAGUCUCUGUACUCACUAAGUUCUAUUGCAAUACGUACGUACUGUAAUUUUUAUAAAAUAAUUCAAAACUGUAAUUAUUCACUACUAAACUUCUCUACUAGACCUAUUAAAGCCAUAUAGCAUUACCUAUUAAUGCUCAAGUCUCUGUACUCACUGUAAGUCACCUAAUGACCAUUUAAUCUGUUAUAGCUUAAUUAAUCUUAAGUUAAUUUUAAGUUUGCCCGAAAUGCUCUGCAUACAAGGGGGCUUUUGGCAUGUAUGCUCAACCAUUAUAUUUCUUUGUACAACUAUGUAUCAUGUCAAAAUAAAAUACAGUAGAACCUCGG